UUAGAUGAGUAAAUUACGUUAGAUGUAUUUAUGUGGCUGUGUUUGGAAUUGAUAGUGUCUUCAUAUUAAAUUACAUUUAUUUAUUUAAGUUUUCAUAAUUUUUAAAACAUGACAACUCUUAGACCUUUUACAUGUAAUGAUUUGUUCAAGUUUAAUAAUGUAAAUUUAGAUCCUCUGACGGAAACAUAUGCUUCUUUUUAUACAUAUUAUCUAGCACAUUGGCCAGAAUAUUUUCAAGUAGCAGAAUCACCAAGUGGAGAAAUUAUGGGUUAUAUUAUGGGAAAAGCAGAAGGACAAGGGGAAAAUUGGCAUGGUCAUAUAACAGCUCUUACAGUUUCACCUAAUUAUAGAAGAUUAGGUUUAGCUGCAAUGUUAAUAGAAUUUUUAGAGAAGAUUUCAGAAAAGAAGCAAGCAUAUUUUGUAGAUCUCUUUGUAAGAGUUAGUAAUAAAGUAGCAAUCAAAAUGUAUCAGCAAUUGGGAUAUAUUGUAUACAGAACUGUUUUAGAAUAUUAUAAUGGAAAUCCAGAUGAAGAUGCUUUUGAUAUGAGAAAGGCACUUUCUAGAGAUGUAAAGAAAAAAUCAGUAAUACCAUUAACUCAUCCUGUAAGACCUGAAGAAAUAGACUGAAUAAUGUAAAUAUAUUACUAUGGAUUUAAUAUAAAUUAAACUAUAUAGUUAUGGGAAAUUUAAAAAAUAUUAUUAUGAUAAAGUUUUUAAUAUAAUAUGUAAAAUAAAUAAAUAGUCUUUUAAAGUGUAGAUCCGAGCAGUUUAUUCUUUUGCUGUACAAUAGUACAAUGCUUUUCGCGUACACCGCUCGUGCCUUUAUGCAUCGUUUUAUGCGAAUAAAUAAUAAAUAGAAAUAUAAGAUGGUAGGCUCAGUAGAAUAUUCCGUAGCAGCCAAAUGAUCGCAGGAAAUUUCUACCACGAUUGUAGCCUUUAUCAGCUGCCAUUUUUUCAUUCUAUUAUAUUUAGAAACUUAAACCUAAGUGAUAUUUACAGAUCAGUGACUCUUUUUACUGCAUCAUAAUACAAAGGUGCUAAGCACCUAAAUGAUAGCAUUUCAUUGCGUAUUAUAAAAAUUAAAGACAAAAUGUCGUUCUUGCAUAUCUUUGUACUGCUCCCAGUAAUCUGAGGUUCGAUCGUUUCUUAUUUUAUAUAAAUCUUCAAUGCGCUAAACAAAGCCGUGCAUAAAAUUACUUUGUCUAUACUGCUCAGAGAGGCACAGUCAUAUCAGCCUAUCUCAGGAAUUAUAAAAGUAUAGAAGUCUUGUACAUAUUGCACGAAAGCCCUACUUUCAACUUUUAUUUAUUUCUGGAUACUAAAGAGAAGGAAGACAUUUGCUAGUUAUGUAGGACACAUCAAGCAAGUACAAAACUUCUAUAUAUGAAGGGAUUAUUAUUUAAUUGGUACAAAAAUGUUGCACAUAUGUUAUCGCAGGAACGAUAUUAAUUAUUUAAAAAAAACGCGUUCCCAUUACAUCUAUUUGGUCAUGUCCUUAUAAAACAAACUUAUUUGUUUAAACAUUAAA